GGCGGAGAGCGGGGGAGGUGGGGUGUUGGGGCGGGUCCAGCUAAAGGGCUCGGUGUGUCAGCGGUCUCCGUCUGAAGCGGCUGUCUCUCCCGGAGCGAACGCACUCAUGGAGCCCAAGCAGAUCCGAGCCGGGUACCUGGUUAAAAAGCGCAGCUUGCUGAACUCGUGGAAGGUGGUGUGGGUGGUGCUCUCGGACGAUGGGGUGGAGUUCUACGCCAAGAUGACGGACAGCACUCCCAAGGGCAUGAUCCCGCUGAAGGGGGCCACGCUCACCAGCCCGUGCCAGGAUUUCGGCAGAAAGAUGCUGGUGUUCAAGGUCGCCCCAAAGGGGCACCAGGCACACUUCUUCCAGGCCAGCCACCUGGAGGAGAGGGAGCUCUGGACCAAGGACAUCAAGAGGACCAUGGCCUGUCUGGAACGGGGCAUGAAGUUCACCAGGAAGUCCACACGGCGGUCCAUUCGACUGCCCGAAACCGUCAACCUGAGUGAGAUGUACAACGCCAUGAGGAACAAAGACUCUGGCCUGGAGGAGAUGACCCUGGAGCAGGACAAAAGCACCUUCAAUCACUGCUUCACAGGCUGCAUGGUAAUCGAUUGGCUGGUGUCGGCGGAGAGAGCCAGGAACAGACAGGAAGCGCUAAUGCUGGCCAUCGGGCUUCUGAACGAGGGCUUCCUCCAGCCAGCCGGGGAACUCUCCAAGACUGCGGCCGAAUCCAAAACCGAGUCCACCCUCCUGGACCAGCCCGAUGCCAUCUAUUACUUCGCAGACAGCGGCUUUUACUCGGAGGGUAACUCCAGCGACGAUGAGGUGCUGCUGAACGAGGAGUUCAGGGGCGUCAUCGUGAAGCAAGGGUGUUUGCUGAAACAGGGUCACAGAAGAAAGAAUUGGAAGGUGCGCAAGUUUACCUUGAGAGAUGACCCUGCAUACCUGCACUACUACGACCCCACAAAGGAUGCGGAGGAACCCCUGGGUUCCGUCCACCUUCGGGGAUCCGUGGUCACAGCUCUGGAGUACGUGCCUGAUGCCAAGAAAAGCGAGGUGGAAGGAAAUCUCUUUGAAAUCAUCACAUCAAAUGAAGUCCACUAUUUCCUACAAGCUACGACUGAAAAUGAACGCAAAGAGUGGAUUCAAGCUAUUCAAGUUGUGUCCAAGACAGGAAAGUAACUAUACAGCACAAGACUGCACAUGAACACACUCCUAAAUGUGUCUCCUGUUUCUAGAAAUGGAGUGGAAACUUUAAAUGUAUAAUUUAGAGAAAGGUACAAUGUCCUCCAAGUGUAUGGCAAAAAGACCAAGGGGGGGUACUCAAUACAAAAAGAACAAGUUUCUGUAAAAUGGUCAAACCUAUAUCCAUGCAAAUGCCAUGAAAUAAAAGCUGACUGUCUAUAAAAGCUCAUAUAAAUAUUUUGAGCUUAAAUGCAAAUGCAUUGAGUAUAUCAGUAUGAAUAUGUACUUUCCUAAUGCCUGUUUAAUAAUUACAUUACACAACCCGAGUGCCAUGACCAUUCUUGACUGAUACCAUGAUUGAAUUAUUAGUGAUAUAUUAGCAUUUGACAUAAUGUUUCUGUGAGGUCGAUGUUUCUGUGAGGUGUUUCUGAGAGGUGAACAGCAAGACCUGCAGCAAGACCUCUCCUCUUAUUGGUCAUUAUCAUACCUACCAAUGUCAUGAAGGACUGACUAAUAUGAAACAUGUCUGUGUUUGGAACUAAAUAAAUGUUAAAAUAUAGAGUA